UAUUCGUUAAUGCACAAAAUUCACUAUUCUCAUCAAUAAUCUCCUUCUGCCACUCCAGGUUAGAGUUCAUCCCCAUAAUAGAAGACAUAAUUAGUACUCAAAUAAACAAAUAGAACAAUAACUUCAUAAGCAGAGAAUACUGUUUGUUACAAAAAGAAAAGUAAAACAACUAUGAAUGCAGAGAUCGAAUUGAAAAAACAAUUACAAGUGCAAAAUCAACAAUACAAGGAGUUAGCCUUAAAAUAUGAACUAUCUAUUUAAGAAAUUUAAAAGUACUAGAUGAUCAUUGAACGCAACAAUUAAAAGCGUAAUCAUGAAAAACAAUAACUUUUAUCUGAAAUACAACUAUUAAAGAAAUAAUUAGAAUAACGUAGUAAAUCUUAAAUAGACUUACAUGAGAAUGGAAGUAAAUAUAGAGUUAUAAUAAUUUUAUAGUUCUUGGACAUUUAGUUAAUGAGGUUAAUUAAAAAGCCAUCUUGAUUGAAUUAUAAGAGUAUAAAGACAAAUGUAAACAACUCUUAAAUGAAUUGGAUACAAAGAAUUUAUAGUUAGAUUAGUAAAUUAUUUUAUUUAAUUUAAGUGUUACUAAGAAACUUAUUAAUACUCCCUCAUGUUAAGAUUUGAUUAAUUAAGUACAAGAUCUGACUAAAAAGUUGCAUGAGUAAGAGAGUAAAAUACUUUAGUAUGAAUUACAGUUAGAGAAAUAACAGUAUUUAUGAUAUUCAUAAAAUUUAGAGCAAAUAAUAAUAAAUCUAAAUUUUUAUUUAGAGGAGCUGAAUAUUUUAACAAAAAGAGUAUAGAUGCUGAUAUUUUUAGUUCUUCAAGUAAUAUACAAUCAACAGUAUUUUAUAUAUUAAAAAUAGAUGUCAAAUUAGAAUGAAAAUUCUUCUUAAGGAUUAUCAAGUUAUAUAAAGUUAUGA